AUGCCGCUCUUUCGCAAGCGGAGAGGACCCUCCGCUGUACUGUCACGGCCCGAUGAUCAGGACAAGCCUGCAAAGACCAGCCACUCAAUUCGUGCACAUCUCAAUGGCAAAAAGACCUGGGCUGCAGCCCAUCGCGGUCCCACUCCAGCGCUACCCAACAGUAGCGGGCCAAGUAUAGAACAGGACACCACCACCCUGGUUUUCAUCCCAAGCUUAUCCAAACCCAAGCAGUCGCUCCUCUGGCCCAACGUCAACCCCCCGAUUGACUUCCUCCUCUGUCUGAACGAGAAAGCCCUCGAACAGCAAGUUCUUUUGAACCAACCCCGGCAAAGCACCAAGAUGAUCGAUACGAGCCGAACCCAGUCACCACCGCCACUGCCGGCGAACCUGGCCGCCUCCCUCCUUCCGGGCUAUAACGACGUGAGCGGCUCGGUCAUCGUCGACUGGAACGGCUACCCACAUUUCCUCUCGCCGCAGGAGGAACAAGACCGGAAGCUGCAACUGGAGCGUGCGGUGGAGGAGCGCAUGCUAGGGCUGCCCCGGCGGACGGACUUUGCGUGGGAGCGACCCUGUCACCAGGAUCACCGUCAGUCUCCUUCUUUACCGAGGUAUACACCAGGGCCAAAGCAGCAGUCACAAUCGCGGUCUCCGCAGAGCACGAGCAGUCAUUGCUCCGUUCGGCGGUGA